AUGGAGGCGUAAACAAAGUGCCAAUCUCCCUUGCCAUUUUUUCGGGAUAUUUUUCCAGGGACGGUUACUGUUGAAUGUUGGAAUAGAGGCUGACAGUACAUGGAGUUAGCUGAUAGGUUGGAUACCUGAUAAUUUCUCAACUUGCGUGCUUGAGUGUUGCAUGUGCAAUAAGUCAUUUAUUUAGUCUGGGGUUGAGCUGAAGCAGCUGGGAGAUGUGGUGGAACAAAUGACCUGUAGAGGAGUGGUAUGGCGAGUGGCGGAGGGGACAGGCUGCGAAUGGUGACGGUGGUGGACCUACGACACAAGAUGGAUGCCCUCGUGUCUGACCUCUCCCACGCUCUGGAUGAGUCUCAGCUGCCCCAGUACCAUCGCAAGAGAAGGGGCUUCAAACGACGCGCCAAGCUGGCCAAUAAUCUUAGCUUGUCUAGCACCCAUGCCCUUAGCGAAGACUCCUCCAGCAGCAUCGGCGAAGUCCUCCUCUCCCAAGACAACAAAUCCUCGAUCCCUCUCACCGACUCCGAUGACAUGAGCCCCCCCCCAGAGCCCCGGCUGCGCACCCAGCUCCUCACCCACCACCGCGCCUCGGCCAACCUGGUCGAGUCGGACUCCGUCAAUGAGAACUUCUCCCCUGUCCGGCCCCACAACAGGAGUGUCAACCCUUUUUUGUGUAGGAAGAGAAAGUGCAAGAGGCUGGCCCUGGACCCAGACGUCCCCUCCACCUCUGCCACCGCUCCCCAGGCCCCAGGACCUCCCCCCAUGAGCAAACCCACGGCCAUUGCCUCGGCUAUCCUGGCUGGCUCGUCUACCAACAGGAAAAAAAAGGUCCUCAGACCAUCUCCGGACUCAGAGAACAGAUACCUCGCAAUUUCGGCAGGGAAGCGCAAGCGAGGCCGCGAGCGCAGUGUAGAGUGGUGUGCGGGCCAGCAGGUAUCGGGGGGUCGGCGGCACGGGUCCUCUUCUAGUCACUACCACAGCCUCCGGGUUCACCGCACCUCGACUCAGACCAGCAACGAAGACAGCAUGGAGUACGAUUAUUCUGAUGAUGCCAACAUGGAGCAUAGCAGCAGUGAGAGCAGUACAGAGAGUGAGGCAGGAAUCUACACAUGCGAUGAAGGACGUGAGGCUGAUGAUGAGCAGAGUGACUGGUUUGCUGAGCCUGAUCCCGUCUAUGGAGUCCCUGGCUCCGCUAACUCUACCAGGCAGAGGGCUGCAUCGAACCGCCUUUCGUGGUGGAAUGAGAAUGAGUUCAGUCUGUCGUCUUCAGCCAAGGCUCUGUUCAAAGAGAGGUAUGAGAAAAUGUCCGUGGAGAACCAGCAAGCCUGCAGACUCAGGUUCCAAAAGCUGAGAGAGAGGCUUCUGAGACGGGAAAUACGUGCAGGAAGAAGGCGAAUCAGGGACCGAAAGCCAGGGUUUAGCAUUGUGUCGUCGGUUAACGAUAAAGUCUCAAGAUUUCUACAGGACCCCACCCAGUCGGAGCUCCGUCUGCGUCCCAUGACGGACAAGGACCGCGACCAGCUCAAUCACCUGGCUGAUCUCUACUCCCUGACGGUGCGGGGCGGAGACAACCACUCAGCUCCCAUACUCACCAAGACAAGGUGUGUGGUCCAGCAUAGGAAUAGGCCGGGAAACACAAUUACGAAGCAGAGGCUGGAGGUGGAUAGUGAGGUAAUGGCGUGCGAGGGAGCCUUCCCGGGGGGCUUGCCGGUACCCUUGAGUGACAUGAAGAGACGCCGUCGCACCCCUCCCCCUCCCCCCAACAACCUGACAGAGGGCAGCAACGACUCAGUUGAGAGUGUCUUCAACAGCGCUGGAAUUUCGGGGACUUCCUUCCGACCUCCAGUACCCACUGUGAGUUGGGAUGAUGACCUAGGAGACUGUUGUGCCGACUCCCUUUCGGAGAGAUUGGCAGACUCCGAACCCGACCCCCUGCCAUCACCGACGUCUCUUGGGCUCCACGACUGUACUUUAUAGUCACGCCUGUUUUGCGGCAGCUGCUUUUUUAUUAUAUUUAUUUUAUUUAUAUACUAAUUUUGGGGCAGCAGCAAACUUCCUUACGUCCUCCCCAUGAUUACAAGCCAAGCAUUUUGAUCUCCACUAUUUCUUUUUUAAUAUCUUUCUUCCCAUCUUUAUUUAUUUUUUGGUAAGCAAAAAUAUUGUUGUGGAUGGGAAAUAAACAGUCACCAAGGCUUUACAGCUGAAAGGAAAUAUCAAACCGACACCUGCCCUUUCUAUAGAAGUGUAUGAGAAACACUAAUUUUAUUUUAGUUGCCCCACUCUCCCUUCAAGGCUUCUGAGGGGCAGAGGUGUCCUGAUGCCCACUCCUUUUCUGUUCCUUGCCUUCACUUCCCUCUUUCCUCUCAUUACUACCCCACCUAAAGAAAGAAAGUUGUAUAUUUUUACAAGAAUAUAUGAAAAUUAUAGUGUAUUGAUUUGUUACCAGACUUUUGUUAUGAUUUAUAAAAGAGAGAAAAAAAGAGAAAAAGGAUGAAAUAAUGGUUGUACAUACAUUUUCAUACCAAGUUUACUGACGAGGACCUUGCCACUCUCAUGUUCUAUGCUUUUGAUGGAAAGUCUAGAAAUACUGCAAUCUCCCUCUCUUUCCAGUGUGUAAUUACCCUGCUUGUAAUAUUAUUGAUAGUAACUCUUAUUUAUUAUAUAAUAUUAUUUAUUUCAUAUAUUAUUAUUGUCUAUCAUAUACAGAUGCAACAUGCUGUAGGUUUUUACAUUGAGGUUUGUCGGUAUCUUGAUUGAUACAAAUUUUGGGAUUUUCAAUAUCUUUGAAUACAUUUUUUGUGCUCUGUCUCUUUGGGCUAUAUCUCUUGUUCUCUCUCUUUUUUAACAAAAUUUAUAUUUGAGUGUAUGACUCAAUGCUGUGUGAAUGCUUGGCAUUUCACAUUUGAGCAAGAGUUAUUAUUACUUGAAAUUUGAAGAAAUUGUUAUCAAGAGAAAAUUCUUAUUUGGGAGAGCCUCUUUUUUUCAACAAUCCUCGUGUACACUGCCAUAUAUAUAUUUAAAAUUUUCUACAAGAUCUGUUACAGUUUUGCAAAAAUGAAAAAAGUUUAAUAGAUUUUGCUGGUGACAGGUAAUGCGUAGUAUAUCUUUGAUAAGUAUGUACAUGUGUGUUUGUAUAUAUAUAAUGUGUGUAUGUAUGAGUGUGUUGAAGACAAAUAUUGAGUUCUGUAUGAAAGAAAGUGUAUUGAACUGAAGUCCAGAUUAUAUUACAAAGAAUUUCCACCAAAUUA